AUGACUGAACCAAUGGAUAUUGAAGAGUCUUCAAAACAGGAGUCGUUGGGUGAAAAUUCGGUAAGCACUAUUUCGAACGUCCUUUUCCCACUUGGUCUGUUGAGAUAUCUAUUUGUUGAGUUGUUCACUCGCCACUCUUUGGUGCUUUACAAAUCCAAUAUGAUGGCGACUGAUCAUUACUCUUAG